CCCAACUGGCAACACUGUCGGUUACGGCAAAAAAUUUAACAAAAACAUCAACAAAGUUUUGCCCCCAAUCGCAUUAAUAGUUUGUUUCGCAAAUUCCCGGAAAAUAGAAUAGACUUUUUGAUUUCUAGAAAAAAAUCAUUUAUUGCGAUGGAUCCACCGUCACCAUGGAAAACUCCAAAUGAAGUAAUGCAGCUGCAUAAACUGAAAAAACGCAAAAAAGCUUUACAGGAUCGCAUGAGCCAACCUACAAAUGCAGUCACAGAAGAGAGUAGUCAUAAACCAGUGGAUCUAGAUUUUUCAAGAAUUCUUAAUGGAGACAAAAGAAAAAAUCCAUUUUCUAAGACAAAUUUGGAACAAAACAAAAAAGCAAAAUUAGAAGAAACAACAGAGUUAGAUCAAUCAAAUGACAAAACACUGUUUGCAUUGCUAAAGCUUCCUGCCAAAAUAGUAGAGAAACCCCCUUUAGAUGUAGACAGUGAGAAACUGGCAACAUUCUCAAACCUACUGCAGAAAUACACAGCGGACCAUGCGGUAGAAACAUACAUAGCAGAUAAGAAAUAUAAACAUUUGACUAUAGACUGGGCUUUAAAAACUAAAAUAAGAUUAAUGUCUGCCAAACCUUUCCCUUGGACAACAAAACUGAAAGCAAGUGAGGAGGCAUCAGGAAUUACUGGUUUCGUCCGUUGCCUGGACACUGCGUCCUCGUCGACCCUGGACACGUCGCCCCGCGCGCGCUUCCACCAGACGUGCCUGUACUGGCAGCACCCGCACCUGCCGUGGCUCACCAUGUUCCCGCGCGCCGCCGGCAAGGUCGCCGCCACCAGCUUCAUGGCUUCCAACGAGGAAGUCAAGAAGGCCCUGCUCACCGAGUGGACUGAGAGUUUCAGAUCAUUGUUUCAACUGCUCCGCGCGCUGCACUGCCCGUACUUCUACGUGUGUGCGAACGCGUUCACGUGCGUGUUCCGCGCGGCCGGCCUGUGCGGCACGCCGGAGCCCGUCGCGUACAUCGCGCCCACCACGCGCGGCUUCCGGCACGCGCUGCGCCAGGAAGACGUAGAAUUCACGAUGCCCCUCCGACCGGACAACAAAAAGAAACUGAACACAUCCGACGAGGAGCGCGCGCGGAACUCGUCCUUCGACAGCUGCUACGACACAAUGGACGACGCGCGGACGGACAGGAACUGUUCCGGGGACGAGGAGGACCCGGACGAGUUCCUGUCGCAGAUGGGUCUCGAGACGGACGAAAUCAAGAGGAUAAAUAACGCGCAGGCGCGUCUAAGUCACAACGUGGAGACCAGCGUGGACAGCGCGGCGGAGUCGCUGGUGCUGGUGCGCGGGGCGGACGCGCAGGCGCUUUUCAACUUGCUGCUCAACUGCAAGUCGCUGGUCAGCCCCAGCGGGCCCUUCGGCGGCGUCCCGCCCACGCUGCUGGCGCCCACGGCCUUCCACGGGGGCACGCUACAAUCACUGAAGGUUCGAGAGAACGUCAUUCACUCGGACAGCAAGAAGUACUACUCGAUCGAGUUGCGCGGGCCCGUGCUGCCCACGGCCGUGCACGCGCUGUUCGACGUGCUCAAGAGCAGCUCGUGCGCGCACGUCAGCGCCACCUUCGCGCACCACGCGCCCACGCUGGCCUUCACGUGGGCGGCGCGGAAGCUAGCCGAAGAUGAAACUUCAAAAGAAAAUGAACCAAAUAACUUCGCGAAGGCCUUCAACAAGGAAAACUUAUCAGACUGUGGUAUCAGCGAGGAAAUGUUGCAACUGUUUUGUUCGUCAGACUCCAGUGUUUUAAAAUCAUUAGACAGUGUUAAAUAUAAUUCAGAAGACGACACGUACAGUUGGUGACAUCUGCCAUUUCUAGUGUUUUCUUGUUAAUUUGUUUGUUACAACUAAUGCCAAAUUGACUGCACAGUCCAUUUGUACAGUUCAUUGAAUGUCCUGUGAUGCAUAUACUUAAAAAAAAGUGCCAAUGUUCGUACACACGUUGCCAUAAAACCGCACUAUAGCUUGGCAAAUUUAAUCGUAACACUCCUGAUGGUCCGCGCGGGCCGGGAAGAGAGUGUCCGGCUGCACCGCGCGCACGACUUCACACCCGCUCAGUUUUUCCCUCCGUCGCCCGCAUAUCAUGGGAGUCUUCAACGAACUUGCCAAGCUAUAACAGUCUGUUUUAUUGUUGCCGUGUGAAACCGAACAUUAGUUAAUCAUUAAGAGUUUUGAAUGGAAAUUUUUGUUCAUUCAUGAAACCAAAAUCAACUGUUGUGCGAAUCAAACGGUUUUUAUUCCAAAAGUGAAUCAAAUAAAUAUAUUUUUUCCUAAA